GCCCGCAAGGAUGUGAGGCGGGCGGCCGCGCAGCCGCCGCUGCCGUGGCAUGAGCCCCGCGGCCCGCAGCCGAGCCCGGCCCCGCGGCGCGUAGCCGCGGCCCCGCGGGGCGAUGCUGCCCUGGAAGAGGAGCAAGUUCGAGCUGAUCGAGGGCGAGGCGCGGCGGCAGAGCAAGCCCAAGGGCUACGCGCUGAGCGCGCACUACUCGGCGCUCACCUCGCUCGCCCGCGCCUGCCCCGAGAGCGCCCUGCACCGCGUGGGCAGCAUGUUCCGCUCYAAGCGGAGGAAAUUCCGCGUGACCAGCGAGGACCCCACGUACACCGUGCUCUACCUGGGCAACGCCACCACCAUCCAGUCCAAGGGCGAGGGCUGCACCGACCUGGCCGUCUGCAAGAUCUGGAGCAAGAGCGAGGCGGGCCGGCAGGGCACCAAGAUGAAGCUGACCAUCAGCGCGCAGGGCAUCCGCAUGGCCCACGCUGAGGACAAGGGGCUGCGCCGACCCGGCCACCUCUACCUGCUGCACCGGGUCACCUACUGCGUGGCCGACCCGCGGCUGCCACGCGUCUUCGCCUGGAUCUACCGCCACGAGCUGAAGCACAAGGCGGUGAUGCUGCGCUGCCACGCCGUGCUCGUCUCCAAGCCAGAGAAGGCGAAAGCCAUGGCCCUGCUGCUCUACCAGACCUCGGCCACGGCACUGGCCGAGUUCCGCCGGCUGAAGAAGCGGGACGAUGCGCGGCACCAGCAGCAGCAGCUGGUGGGCGAGCAGAGCAUCCCGCUGGUGCCGCUGCGCAAGCUGCUCAACGGGCAGUGCUGCUACAAGCCACCGGUGGAGCGGAGCCGCAGCGCGCCCAAGCUGGGCUCCAUCACCGAGGACCUGCUGGGCGAGGAGCAGGAGGAGCGGGCCAUGCACUGCGACUGCGAGGACAUCCUGGAGGCGCUGGGCGAGCCCGAGGGCGCCAGCCGCGGCGAGGCCCCCGAGCUGGGCCAGCUGCUCCACGACCUGGGCGAGCUCAGCCUGGGCAACGACCUGCGCUCGCUGCGCGCCGACCUCCGCGUCCGGCGGCUGCUCUCGGGCGAGAGCACGGGCAGCGAGUCCUCCCUGGAGAGCAACGGGCAGGACGGCGCCGGCCCGCCCUGCAACGGCGCCGAGCAGCCGCCCGCCGGCGACCCCGAGAGCGGCUGA